ACCCGCUUCAGUGUCACCCGAGCAAAGCGGCACGACACGCCCGUCGAUUAAGAGCGACAGAGCCCGGCCGGUUCGUCCGACCAUGGCGGCGGCGGCGGCGGCGCGGGAGAUAAGGCACCGGCAGGUGGAGGCGAACGGCAUCACGAUGCACGUCGCGGAGUCCGGCCCGGCCUCGGCCGCGGCCCCCACGGUGCUCUUCGUGCACGGCUUCCCGGAGCUCUGGUACUCGUGGCGCCACCAGAUGGAGCACCUGGCGGCGCGGGGCUACCGCUGCGUGGCACCCGACCUCCGCGGCUACGGCGGCACCUCCGCGCCGCCCGACCCCGCCUCCUACACCGCCUUCCACGUCGUCGGGGACCUCGUCGCGCUCCUCGACGCCCUCCGCCUCCGCCAGGUGUUCGUGGUGGGGCACGACUGGGGCGCCAUCGUGUCGUGGAAUCUCUGCCUGCUGCGGCCGGACCGGGUGCGCGCGCUCGUCAACCUCAGCGUCGCCUUCAUGCCGCGUCACCCCUCGGCAAAGCCCGUCGACUACUUCCGCCGCGCCUACGGCGACGACUACUACGUCUGCAAAUUCCAGGAACCUGGAUAUGAGGCACAGUUCGCUAGUCUUGACUUGAAGAGGUUCUUCAAAAUGGCAAUAACUGUUCAAACCACAGGUUCUUCUGCUAUGUCCCUCGAAAAAAUGCAGGCGAGCAACAAGCAAAUAACGUUGCCUUCUUGGCUCUCUGAGGAGGAUGUCAGUUACCUCGCAAGUGUAUAUGCAAAAACUGGCUUCGCUGGUGGCCUUAAUUACUACCGCUGUUUAGACCUGAACUGGGAGCUGAUGGCGCCAUGGACCGGAGCGAAAGUGCAAGUGCCGACCAAGUUCAUCGUCGGGGACGGCGACCUGGCAUACCAUCACCCAGGAGUCAAAGGCUACAUACACAAGGGUGGGCUCAAGAGAGACGUGCCCAUGCUCGACGAGGUGGUGGUGAUCAAAGGUGCCGGGCACUUCAUCCAGCAGGAGAGAGCACAGGAGAUCAGUGAACACAUCUAUGAAUACAUCAAGAAGUUCAGCACAGACCCCACACAUAAAUUAUCGAAAUUGUGAGGUCAUUUGUUGAUGUACAAAAUUAAUAAAGAAACUUGUAUGUGCGUAUGUGGCCGUGAGAUACUCGUAUGCAACUUGUUAAACUUCAAAGCCUGUUGAUACAUGCCCUGAAAUACUCAUGUGGAUAACAUGAGCCAUAGUUAUACACCUAUAGAUAUGUUCUUUGAUUAAGAGAAUAAGCAUUUACAAGUUUC